UUGACGCUUGGAAUUACAAUGAGCGUCUCAGCCAUUCGCUGAAUUCUGUCCUCAUCCCUUGCCUACUCCGGUGGCUUGCAUGCAUUGAUAGUAUUCGUAAAGUCAUUCACAGUAUAGCAAUAUGUACGGAUUCAUCAAUCGCGCUCUUCAAGAUAUGGUGGUUCGGGAUUACGGUUUCGAUGUUUGGAAAGAUAUAUUAAAAAAGGCCAACAUCGAUCUUGGUGACGAGCAUGGAUUUAAUGAAAGAAGGAUAUACGAUGAUCAAAACACGACGGAUUUGCUUAACAUCGCGGUUGAUGUUUUAGGUGUUUCCAAGAACUUCAUUUUGGAGAAAUUUGGUACAAAUUUUUUUGAGCACUGUCAGCUGUCUGGAUAUGAUACAAUGUUGCAUGCACUGGGUGGAACUAUGAAGGAGUUCUUCAAUUCUCUUGAUGGCUUGCAUGAGCAAAUGUUGCUGUUAUACCCCGGCAUGCGCCCUCCAUCUUUUAGAGCAAAGGAGAGCAAGUAUGGCCGGAGACUAGAGAUUCACUACAAUUCAGAACGUGCAGGACUUGAAUAUCUUGUAGUUGGUCUUGUCAAAGCCGUAGCUGAUAAAAUGUUUGGAGUGGCAGUAAAUGUCAAAGUGCUUUCAACAAUUGGUCCAGACAACUCUUGGGCAAAGAUACUGGUACUAGCUCAGAAUGAUGAAGACCUCAAAUACAUUAUUCCACAAAACAAAGAAAUUGCAUUAAAAGAGCAAGAAUUAAGCAUGGUAACUUUGGGAUCACGGAUGAACAACAUCACCUUCUGCCGUGCUUGUCCAUUUCAUGUUAUGUUUGAUCACAAAAUGGUCAUCUACCAAGCAGGAAUAUCUGUGUGUAGAGUGUUACCAGCUGUCAAGAUUGGGAAAUCAAAAUUCCAAGAUGUAUUUGACAGCAUUCGACCUCCAAUCGAGCUAACUUUYGACAAUAUAUUAGACUUCAUCAACAAAGUCUAUGUCGUCAAGACAAAAGAAGGUCUACUUGACUCAUCUUCACUUACUACAGUCACAGAAGAUGACUUUGGCACAUUAGAAUCACCCUCAAUGCGAUUCAGGGGACAAAUGCUCCACCUUCCAGAAUGUGACAGCAUUGUGUUUCUAGCCUCUCCUAGUGUUGUCAAUCUUGAUGGUUUGAAUGAAAAAGGUCUGUAUCUCAGUGACAUUCCCAUCCAUGAUGCUACAAGAGACUUGAUUUUAUUGUCUGAGCAACAUAAUGCCGAGUUUAAACUUUCACAAAGGCUAGAAAUUUUGACAGACAAACUUCAACAGACUUCAAGAGAGCUUCAGAAUGAGCAGCAGCUCACUGAUAGGUUGCUCUAUAGCAUCCUACCUGCAUCAGUUGCAAAUGAUUUACGCCUAAGAAAACCAGUCAUGGCUAACAAGUAUGAGAUAGUGACUAUUUUGUUCAGUGGGAUAGUGAACUUCACAAGUUAUUGCAACCAGAUAAGUGAGCCAAUGGAAAUUGUUGAACUUCUCAAUGAGGUUUAUAUCAAGUUUGAUAGUUUGACAGAUAAUAAUGAUGAAGUCUAUAAGGUUGAAACUGUUGGUGACAAGUACAUGGCUGUAAGUGGCCUGCCAACCAAAUGUGAAAAUCAUGGUUCUAAUAUUGCAAACCUUGCCUUGGACAUGAUGAACAUCAUUAARGGAGUUAAUGCUAAGGGAAUCCAACAACUGCAGGUAACUGUGGGGAUCCAUUCAGGUGAGGUUGUGGCAGGUGUUGUAGGGCAGAAAAAACCUCGAUAUUGCUUAUUUGGUAACACAGUCAAUCUGACCAGCCGUACUGAGACUACUGGACUCAAAGGAAAGAUCAAUGUAUCUGAGUAUGCUUACAGGUGUCUUCUUUGUCAACCAAGUGAAAGAUUUGUUUUCAAGAGGAGGGGCCCAGUGGUCAUGAAGGGAAAGAAAGAACCAAUGAUAACAUAUAUUUUGUCAGAAAAGAAUAAUACAUAGUGUUCAUAGUAUAGCUUGUCUUGRACAAUGUCAUGCUUCUUUCUUUUUUAUACCAAUAUCACCAUAAUUAGUUAUAAGAGCUGAAAUGGAUUAUUUGAAAAUAUUGGCAYCAAAAAGGAGAAGUAAUGGAAAGACAUUGGGGUUUAGAAUCAGCUGAUUCUGUCAUUUUAUAUAAUUGCAGGUUUCUGAUAUUUUGAACUGUGAGUUUUGCAGGUUGCUCAAAACUGAAAAAAAAACUUGGAUUUGAGGAGCUGGUAGUCUCCUUUGCAGCCUACCAAUUUUGUUGGGCUAAGGGCUGGUGGAUUUAGACAAUUUUUCUGAGCUGAUUUACCAACCCCAUUUCCCAGUACCCKAUCGACCCCAACAAUCAUAAUCCAUUCACAUUAUACUACGGUAUCAGCUAAUAUAUUAUUUAYACAGAUUCUACUUCUGUCAACGCUGCAUGAUUGUAUGGUUUCAUAUUCAUAUCAAAAAAAUUCUAUAUAUAUAUUAUAUAAAAUCAAGGAUUGUACAUACGCUCAAUACCAAUCAAACCUUAAAACUUCCAGAAGACACUUUCCAGUACAAAGUUAAUGAACAUUGUUGUAUGAGAAAAGACUGGGUUACACAAAAAAACACCCCCCUCCCCCCCCCAAAAAAAAUGAUGUCAAUAAAAUAGCCUUCAUAAAGUAUUUUCUCAAAGUUGAGGUGAACCCUGUAUUCCGAAAAGGCAUUUGGCCUUUUGACUUAGGAAACACAUGGGUUAGCCAUAUAUAUGAAUAUGAGGAGAAUGCAAAUAGUUAUGCCAUUACUGAACACAUUUAUAAAUCUACUGGGCUUAUUUUUCCAGUGCACCUUUCCAGUGCACUGUAGAGUCAGUACAUUGUAAAAUAGGACAGCAGUUAUCAGCUUUGAAUGAAAGCAUAAAAAACUUAUAUACUAUGAAAAACCAAUAAUAAAGUGUCAAAACAAA